UAGUAUAUACUUUUAUCUUAUUUUGAAACUAGUGCAAAGUGCAACCAGUUUAGUUAAAGAAAACAGAUGUCAUUGCAUCACAUGACAGAUAGCUACUUGUUAACAAGUUUUGAAAAGAUUAGAAAAAUGACGCUAAUAAAAUUUGCAAUUUUAACUGUAAGCGAUACCUGUGCAAGUGGUGAGAAAAUGGAUGAAAGUGGUACUAAAUUGAAAGCACUUAUUAAUGCUCGGGAUAAAGAUUCAUUGGGAAGUAUACUUCAAGGAGAAGUAUCUUACACCGCAACUGUACAAGAUGAUGAAGCCUUAAUAAUGAAAUAUUUAAUUGAGUGGAGCGAUGACAAAGUAGAUGUUAUUCUCACAACUGGUGGCACUGGAUUUUCUAAGAGAGAUGUUACACCAGAGGCUACUAGAAAAACUAUACAUAAAGAAGCUCCCGGAAUGUCUUUAGCAAUGUUUAUGUCAAGUAUGAAAGUGACACCAAUGGCUAUGCUUUCUCGAGCUGUAUGUGGAAUUCGAUAUAAAACUCUAAUCAUUAAUUUGCCCGGUUCAACUAAAGCUGCAACGGAAUGCUUGAGUGCAAUUGCAUUUGCGAUACCACAUGCAGUAGAUUUGAUCUUAGAUAAUAAAACAAAAAUUAAAGAUACACAUGACAUUGUGCAACAUAAUAUUACAUCUUGUUCGCAUAACAAGUCUUGUACAAAUCUGCUAAAUUUUGAACAUGUAGCAAUACGUCCCAGAGAAUCUCCAUUUCCUAUGAUUUCUGUAAAGGAAGCGGUGGAAAUAAUUUGUAAUUCUGAAAAGGAUAGAGAAGUCGAAAAUGUUAAUACAAAUGAUGCCUAUGGUAGAAUAUUAUCUGAAGCCAUAUAUUCCAAUUACGAUUUACCACCAUUUCGAGCUUCCAUUAAAGAUGGAUAUGCGAUUUUAGCGAGCGAUGGGAAAGGUAGAAGAAGAGUGUUAGGUGGUGUAAAAGCAGGAACUACAUCUACAUUAGUUUCUCUCGAACCUGGCACUUGUGUACGUGUGAAUACUGGAGCACCUAUUCCCGAUGAAGCAACAGCAGUUGUACAAGUUGAAGACACAAAGCUAAUAUUAAAGAGUUCUGAUAAUACAGAGGAAAAAGAAAUUGAAAUAAUGACACAACCAAAAGAAGGACAAGAUAUUAGAUCUAUUGGUUGCGAUAUAAAAAAAGGAAGCUUAGUUUUAAAUCCGUACAGAAGUAUUGGUCCAGCAGAAAUAGGACUUCUGGCAGCUUGUGGUUGCAAACGUGUUAAAGUUAUUAAACUUCCAACUGUAGGUAUAUUGUCUACUGGAGAUGAGUUACAAGAAGCUGGAGAACCUUUAAAACCAGGACAUGUCUACGAUAGCAACAGAAUAACUCUAAUUGCACUAUUAAGAGAGAAUGGUUUCAAUCCUUUGGAUUUUGGAAUUGCGGUCGAUGAGGAGACCUCUAUGGUACGCAAAAUGGAGGAAGCUUUAAAAAAAGUGGAUGUACUUGUGACAACAGGUUCUGUGUCCAUGGGCGAUAGAGAUAUGUUGAAACCCAUUUUAGAGAAAUAUUUCAAUGCUACAAUACAUUUUGGUCGCGUAAAUAUGAAACCGGGGAAGCCGACGACAUUUGCGACGUGUCUUUACAAUUCGGUAAAGAAGUACUGUAUCUGUUUGCCGGGAAAUCCAGUUUCCGCAGUCGUAACCGCGCGUUUAUUUCUUUUACCCCUCCUGAACGAGAUGCACGGCGAUUCUUCCGAACCAGUCGUAGUGCAAGCUAAGUUGAUGUCGUCGUAUAAUUUGGAUCCGCGGCCCGAGUAUGCAAGAGCGAUCCUGAAGUGGAGUAACAACGAAGCGUUUCCGGUUGCAUUCAGCACCGGACAUCAAAUCAGCAGCAAGCUACUCAGCUGUAAAGACGCUAAUGCGCUUUUAAUGCUACCGGCACGAACGGAGAAGAAACCGAUCCUGAAUAAGGACGAGCUGGUACCAGCGAUGCUUAUCGGUUUUAACACAUCAGAUAUAAAAAUACGAUACUAAAUAUAUGUUUCUUACUUAAACAUAUAUAUUUUCUGCUUGAAUACAUAUGUAUAUUUUUCUACUGAAA